AUGUCAGGCCCCGAUUCCUCAGCAGCCGCGACGCCCCUCCCCGAGCCGCCCCCCAAACGUCGCAAGGUUCUCGAACACAGCACGACCGCAACCCCACGAUCCAGCUCUCCCGACGAGCUCAACUCCCCAGCCGUGAUCUCGAUCGGCAAGACGGCCGCCUCCGCAGCUAGCGGGGCGAAGACGGUGACUGCGAAACGCACAACCAAACCCCGCCGCCUGGCCACCCACCGCAGCCGUCCUAGCGUGACGCCUAGCAGGAGCCCCAGCGACGACGAGCUCAACGAAGCGUAUUACUCUCGUUCCUCCCACUCCCGCACCCGCUCACAGUCAAGAUCCCGAUCUCCCUCCCGCUCGCGCACCCGAACGCCCAGGUCUCCCACCGCCUCGCCCUCCCGCUCCCGCAGCGAAUCCCGCACGCGAUCGCAAUCGCCGGCCUCCACAUCAGGAGGCAGCUCCCCGCGCAGUCUCUCCGGCGCCGUCAACCGCCGGCUGCGGCUCUCGUCCACGAACGGUGAUGGCAACGGCGUGGACACGGGCGCUACAGCGACGACGCCUGUCACCCCCGCCCCGACGAAGAAGGGCCCCGUGCGGCCGCGAUUCGAGGAGCAGCAGGUCAUGAGCGGGCACGCGGGGAAGCCCGUGUCGCAGGUGCGCAUAUCCCCUGACGGGAGAUGGAUCGCGAGCGCUUCGGCCGACGGGACAAUCAAGCUGUGGGACGCCGCGACGGGCGAACACAUGGAUACCCUGGUGGGCCACAUGGCAGGCGUGAGCUGCGUAGCCUGGAGCCCCGACAGCGGCACGCUGGCGUCCGGGUCCGACGACAAGGCGAUCCGCCUCUGGGACCGCGUCACGGGGCGGCCCAAGUCGACGGCCAAGGGGGUCAGUGCCCUGGCCAAGGACGGAGCCGCGCCGCCGUCGGCUCGCCCGAUGCCGCCGCUGCGGGGUCACCACAACUAUGUCAUGUGUCUCGCCUUCUCGCCCAAGGGGAACAUCCUCGCGUCCGGGUCCUACGAUGAGGCCGUCUUCCUGUGGGAUGUGAGAGCCGGGAGGUUGAUGCGCAGCCUGCCGGCGCACAGCGACCCGGUCGGCGGCAUCGACUUUUGCGGCGACGGCACCUUGGUCGUGAGCUGCUCGACCGAUGGUCUGAUCCGCAUCUGGGACACCUAUACGGGCCAGUGUCUCCGCACCCUCGUCCACGAAGAUAACCCGGCCGUGACGUCCGUCUGCUUCGCCCCCAACGGCCGCUUCGUCCUCGCCUUCAACCUCGACAACAGCAUCCGCCUGUGGGACUACGUCGCCGGCUCCGUGAAGAAGACGUACCAGGGUCACGUCAACAGCCGCUUCGCCAUCGGCGGCUGCUUCGGUAUCGUCCCGGGCGAGGGCGCCUUUGUCGCCUCAGCCAGCGAGGACGGCGAGAUUGUUCUGUGGGACGUCGUCACAAAGGAAGUCGUCCAGCGGAUCCCCGCCCACUCCAAGAAGGGUCGCGCCAACAGCGGCAAGCGGGGCGGCAGCGUGUGCUUCUGGGUCGACGUCCACGGGGACGUCAUGGUCAGCGCGGGGCAAGAUGGGACGAUUCGGCGAUACAAGAGAGUAUCGGACGGGGCCGAGGACGGUGGCGACGGCGACGUCGUCGGCGCGGCCACCGCGGCAGAGACAGCGGCGGAGACCACGGCGCCAGCGACGAACGGUCACGCGACCAAUGCGGCGGAGGAAGAGGAAGAGGAAAAAGACAAGGAAAAUGUCGACAACGCCGAGCUGCCGAUAAAACAGGAAGAGGACGUUGACAUGGCCGGAACAUAG